UCCGCAUUCUACGCAACGAGAGUACGCUUCCGUAGUUUAUUUUGUUUGCGAAAAUUUUAGCAUCAUGUUUUAUUUGCUGUUAUAAACGCUCGAGAAGUGCCCUGGUCUAGUCUAAUAUUUUCGCUUCUUUUACACCAUCCAUAAAAAGCCAGACAAAAUGACUUGCUCUAAACUGAUGCAAAUCAACGAUAACAUGAACACCGACUGGCAGACUUCAGGCUGUCUGGACGGCCGGGCCUUCACACGGACCGCCAUCUGCGCGCCGCCGCUCUACCCGCCGUGCGAGGUGUUCGUGUCGGACCCGAGGUACCAGCCGCCGCCGGAGCUGCGCCAGACCUACGCCAGCACCAACGCCUACCGCCAGCCACCCGAGCUGGUCGGAUGUCGGUGGUGUGGCGGCACGCGGCCCACCGAGCGCUGCCUGACCAGCACCUGCGGCCGGCUGGUGCCAGAGCGGCGCGAGAAGCAGCAGCUGUUCCAGUCGGCGGUGCUGCCGUACCAAGACCUCAGCCUGGAGGCCGACCCGCGCUGCACGCCCUGUUUGCCCCGCCCCCGGCCCAUCGAGUACAAGAUCCGGGGCCUGGAGCGAUACGCCGGGCCGUGUGUGCCGCUGAAGACCAGCCAGGAGCCGGUCAACACCAAGAUCUACCAGCAGUCGGUCACCAUGCACGACUUCACCAGUCCCGGCACUAAUCCGCCCUGGAGCCGCACCACAGGGGACCGCAGGAGCUUCUAUGACCGCUUCAUGGCCGACAUGUGCCGCACCACGGUGCUCGUCGACCCGAUCCCCGAGUACGGCUCUCUGGGCGGACAGAUCUCCAUGUACCAGAACGACUUCGUCACGUGGCCUCGGGACCUCUGCGACCUGUACAAGCUGCCGGAGCACAGCAGGUCCCCGAUCAGCUGCAGGGCGACGGCCUACGCCACCUGCCACAAUGUCUGCAACCUGUGAGAGCCCCGGCCACGUCCAUGGCUGACGCGCCGUGUGUUAUGUGCAGCUAGUGGUCCGUCCCCCGCAACUGAGUAUAUUGCGCAGCUGGUCAGCGCGGACUAGUGAUCAGACAGAACGCGCCAGCACGGGUGCUCUCAGCAGGAUAUUGUUGGCAGCUCGUGGUUUAUAAUGUGUUGCCCCUUAAGCUGACAUCGUAAGCGGCGGCUCGAAUACAGCAGACGAGGCGCGGUACGUGCCGUUCUUGGAGA